AUGUGCCGCGUGCUCACCACUCAUCGCGCGGAUGUGGGCGAUGAUCCCACGGCGCUGCUGGGUCUGGUGACGGAGGUCAAGGAGAGCAUGGAGGCGGUGGUGCACGGGGAGCGUUCGUACGAGCAGUUCCUGCACUUCCUGUUCGCCGUGUUCUACAACCUCCUGCGGCAGGGUGCGCCUCAGUUUGUCGAGGGUCCCGAGCAGAAGGUGCGCAACACGGUGCUGGACAUUCUCAACCGGCUGCCCACCACCGCCGCGCUGCAGCCCUACGCGGCCAACCUCCUCAAGCUCUCCAUGUUCCUGCUCGAGGUGGAGAACGAGGACAACGCGGUUAUCUGCCUGCGCAUCAUCAUCGACCUCCACAAGAACUACCGCCCCAUGCUCGAGGGCGACGUGCAGCCCUUCCUCGACAUCGUCCAGAAGAUCUACUCCGACCUGCCCGCCACCGUCGCCGCCGUCUUCUCCGCCACCGCCGCUGCCGCCGCCGCCGCCGCCGCCACGAGCAAGCCCUCCGACCCGUCCGUGCCCGCCAAGCAGCAGGCCCCUCCCACUUCUGCCGCCAGCGGCCUCGCCCUCGACGCCACCGCCGCGCCGCCCGGGAAGAAGGCCGCGGCGGCGGGGCACGGCCUUAUCCGCAGCACGCAGUCCUUCAAGGUCCUCACCGAGUGCCCCAUCAUCGUCGUCCUCCUCUUCCAGCUCUACCCGCGCUACCUGCACGCCAACAUCCCCAAGUUCAUGCCCCUCAUCGUCAACACCCUCGGCCUCGUCGCCCCCAAGGCCGCCCUCACCACACACCGCGCCGCCUACGUCGACUUUGUCGCCGCCCAGGUCAAGACGCUAUCCUUCCUGGCCUACAUGCUGCGGGGCUAUGCCGAGCACUUGCGGCCCUACCAGGAGCAGAUCCCCAAGUGUGUGAUCGCCCUGCUGCUCAACUGCCCGCACGAAUGCGCCGCCAUCCGAAAAGCGAUGGACAGACGAGUGUUGAUCGCCACGCGGCACAUCUUGGCGACAGAGUUCAGGGUGGGCUUCAUCAGCCAGAUCGACACGCUGCUCGAUGAGCAGGUCCUCAUCGGCUCCGGCCGCACCUCCUUCGAGACGUUGCGGCCGCUGGCCUACAGCACGCUGGCCGACCUCGUGCACCACGUGAGGACAGACCUCUCCCUGCCGCAGCUCUCGAGGGUGGUGCAGCUCUUUGCGCGGAACAUCCACGACUCGACGCUGCCCUUUAACAUCCAGACCAUGUCGGCCAAGCUGCUUCUCAACCUGGUCGAGGGCAUCGCCCGCAAGACCAGCGACGUCGAGGGCAAAGGGAGGGCACUGCUGGUGCGCAUUCUGGACAACUUUGUGAACAAGUUCAGCAGCCUCAAGAAGCAGAUCCCCAAGAUCGUCUCUCAGCCACUGGAGGACGACGACGCCAAGCCGGGCACUCUGCAGAGUCAGAAGAGGAAGCGCUCCCAGGCCCGCACGCUCGCAUCCAUCAAGGACUGCCGGGUGCUGAUGAAGAACCUGGUGAUGGGGCUCAAGAACAUCGUGUGGGGCAUCACCUCGUGCACCCAAACCUUGCGCACCCGCCACGCGGCCACCGCGGCCGCCGGUGGUAGCCCCGCGGUAGAUCCGCACCGGGCGUUGGUCGCCGAGGAGUGCCUCAUCUUCACGCGCCUCCUUAAGAACGGGCUCAAGUGCUUCGGCAUCUACUCCGAGGGACCCAACCCCUCCCUCCAGGAAGAAAAAGACAUCAUGGACCACUUUGCGGCGGUGUUCACGAUGGUGGACGCGCGGGUGUUCCAGGACGUCCUGCAGGCCCAGAUGCCCUUCCUCUUUCGCCAGAUGGUGACCAACCAGUCGGCCAUCUCCAUCCCGCAGCACUUCCUGGCCAAUCCCGGCGUCUCGCGCAUGUUUGCGGAGCUCCUCCUCGACUUUUUGAUGAAGCGCAUCGGAGAGCUGGGCGGGUCGGAAAGAACCGAGGCCGAUGUGUUACUGCGUCUCUUCAAGCUGGUCUUCGGGUCGGUCACCCUUUUCGCCGAGAACGAGCCUGUGCUCCAGCCGCACCUCGCCCUCAUCAUCACCUCUUCCAUCAAAUACGCCGGCGAGGUCAAGGAUCCCAACAACUACUUCCAGCUCAUGCGGGCGCUGUUCCGUAGCAUCGGCGGGGGCAAGUUCGAGUACCUGUACAAGGAGUUCCUGCCGCUGCUCCCGGCCCUGCUCGACAUCCUCGGGAGGCUCCAGUUCAGCUCGCACCCCCAGAAACUGCGCGACCUCUUCGUCGAGCUCUGCCUCACCGUGCCCGUCCGCCUCAGCUCCCUCCUCCCGUGCCUCCGCUUGCUCAUGCGACCCCUCGUGCUGGCCCUCGCCUCCUCCAACAACGACCUGAUCACACAGGGCUUUCGCACGUUGGAGCUGUGCGUGGACAACCUGACGCCCGACUUCCUGGACCCCAUCCUGGGCGAGGUGCAGCUCGAGCUCAUGCAGGCCAUCUGGCGCCACAUUCGCCCGCUGCCCUAUCCCCACGGCCCUCAGGCGGCUCGCAUCCUGGGCAAGCUCGCCGGCCGCAACCGCCGCUUCCUGCAGCACCCCCAGGCCAUCAAAUCCGAGUACCACCCGGCGCAGGACGAGAGCCUCUCGCUGGCGCUCCAGUUCCAGCCGAGCACGCCCUUCACGUUGCCGCUCGGCAACACCAUCAGCGCCGCCCGCAAGGCCCUUCUCUCUCCCGCCUCCGAUACCCACACCAAGGCACAGCUCCUCCCCUCCUUCACACCGUUGCGAGCGCCGUGCGCGGACACACAUUGUGAAGAAGAAGAAGAAGAAGAAGAAGAGGAGGAGGGAGCUGAUUCUGCCGAGCUCGCCGCCCUAUCGUCGCGCGCUCCUUCCAGUUCUGCGUCGGGUGUCCUCCAGGUGUGCGUGAUGCUCAUGCUCAACCCCGAGUUCAACGCUGAAGCUAUCGCCGCUCGGCUGGCUGAGGCUGAGGAGGGAUGGGGGGAGCAGCACAAGGCUCCCUUUCCCGCCUACGCCGAGGGCGAGAAGACGGCAGCCAAGACGCGAAGCCAACUGCUUGCCGAGCAGCAGAUCAUGCACUCCAUGCUGUAUGCCCUCGUCGUCGCCACCGCCGAUGAAAAGCUCAAGGAGGAGCUGGGUACCUUCCUGAGCGACAUCACGCGCCACUUUGCCCUUCUGUUCGCCGCCCGUGUCCUGCCGGCCACUUCCGCGCUCAAGGCACCCGACCCUUCUCCGUCCCUCAUUCCCAUCCCCCGGGAAAUGGAUCCUCUGGUGUUCAUGGAUGCCCUCAUGGAGGCUCUGACGUCUCGCGAUCGAGAAUACGCCAAGGCUGCCGUCCAAGUGCUCGAGACCCUCACAGAUAUGGUGAUUUCGCUCGCGCCAGGACCCGCGGCCGCUGCCGGCCUCCCCGUAUUUGACGAGCUCGCCACAAGGAUGUGCCACGCCUGCUACAAGGCCGAGUGGCAGUAUAAGAGCGGUGGGUGCGCGGGCAUUGCGCUGCUCAGCUCCAAGUUGCCGCCCAAGCGAGCGCGCACGCAUCAAGUGACCUUUGUGAAGGCGCUGAUCUUUGUGCUCAAGGACUUGUCCCCCGAGGUUUCGGCCACCACGGUCGAAGAAGCGUCCCGCACCCUAUCCGUUGUGCUCAAAGUGUGCAACGCGCGUCAACAGCCGGAGAGCUCGGAGAGCGAGGAGGAGGCGAGAGACUACCAGGGCGUCUUCAGGCAGGUGCUUGCCCUGCUUGCCGGAGAGCUUGCGCAGCCCAAUGCCACCGUGCGCAAGAAUAUCAAGGACCUGCUCCACCAGAUCGCCGACCUGACCGGCACCGACCUGACCACACUCCUAGAGCCCCUCAAGCAGUCCAUACUCGGUCCGGUGUUCGGGAAGCAGCCCCUGCGCUCGUUGCCCAUUCUGGUGCAGACGGGCUAUCUCGACGCGCUCACGUUCUGCAUCUCGUUGCGGCCGUCCUUCGUGCCAUUCACCUUCGAGCUCGUACGGGUGCUCAAGGAGGCCCUGGAGAUCGCCGAGGUGGACGACGUGGCCAAGGUUCGCCAGCACCGCAAGCUCCAACUCCUCACCAACUCUCGCGUGGUGGCCAUCGAACUUCUCUCCGUCGCCAUGGCCUGUCCCGAGUUCCAGGCCCCCGAGCACCAGGAGUUCCGCAACCGCAUCAUCGGCGUCUUCUUCAAGACCCUCACCCUCCGCUCCAAGGAGGUGGUGAGCGUGUCGAAGAAAGGGCUCUCGCAUGUGAUCAAUCAGCACAAGCUGCCCAAGGAGCUGCUGCAGUCCAGCCUCCGGCCGGUGCUCCUCAACCUGGCCGACUACCGCAAACUCUCCGUGCCGCUCCUGAAGGGCCUGGCUCGCCUUCUCGAGCUCCUGACCAACUGCUUCAACGUCACUCUUGGCGAAAAAUUGCUGGAGCACCUGCAGAAGUGGAAUGAGCCGCAGAAGAUCGCCGCGGCCAAGAUCUGGAAGGAGGGGGAGGAGAUCAAGAUCGCCGCCCACAUCAUCGACAUCUUCCACCUGUUGCCUUCUGCCGCCAGCAAGUUCCUAGAACCUCUGGUGAACCUCACGAUCCAGCUCGAGGCCCUUUUGCCUCGCGAAGUGAGCAGCCCGUACCGGCAACCGCUGAUCAAGUUCCUGAGCUGCUACCCCGCAGAGGCUGUGGAGUAUUUCGUCUCGGAACGGCUCACCAACCCCGCCUACAGCAAGCUGUGGGGCUUCGUGCUCAACCACCCCUUGGCCGCCGAGUUGCGCAAUGAGCUGGCGAAAAAUCCUACCACGCUCAUCAACGCCACGUUCAACUACAACCAGGGCCGUCCGCCGGUGGAGCUUCAGUUCCAGGGCAUCUUGAUGACCCGCACCCUGGUCAAGUUCCUCCCCGACUGGCUGGCUCGCAAUCGUCCGGUCCUCGACUGCCUGUUGGCCAUCUGGAAAUCCCCCUCGUUUCUGAAGGAGACCCGCCUGCGCAACGAGGAGACCCAGCCACUCUCCAACAUGCGGGAAUCCAAGCUCAUGGUCAAGUGCUUCCUCAACUAUUGCAAGCACCACGGGGACGAAGUGGACGUGCUCUUCCAAAUGCUCUCCAUCUUCACCAUCCGCACCACCAUCGACUACUCCUUCCUCAAGGACUACUACCUCCACACCAUUGCCGAGGAGUACACGGCGGCGCAGAAGAACGCGAUCUUGCACCGCUUUGUCAACUUUUUCACCUCUGCCGAGCCCGCCUACAGCAGCGAGCACAAGGUGAAGGUGCUUCAGGUGCUCAUCAUCCCGGCUCUGACCGCGUCCUUCCUCAAGCAAGAGACGAGCGAGGUGGUGGACCCCACUCUUGUCGCAGCCAUCGUCAACAACAUCCUCGACCCUACCAGUCCCCGCAACCCGUUCCCCUCUUCCUCGCCCUUCGCCACCUCUGCCCCAAGCCUUCCGGCCUCCACUCCGGCCUUGGUUUCCCCCGCCGCCGCCGCCGCCGCCGCUCCACUUUCUGCUGCCGGCAGUCAAGAGGCAGCCAAGAGCAGCGCCAAGACGCUGCUACCCGGUAGCCGCGCCCCCUACGACGAGGCCCUCAGCAUCGAGCUCCUACAGCUGGCCACCCUCCUCGUUCGGUUCAUGCCCAAUGAACUCGUCGAGCACCGCAAGGAGCUGAUCAAGUUUGCAUGGAAUCACCUGAAGAGCGAGGACACCACGUCCAAGCAGUGCGCAUUCAUCGAGGCCUAUGAGACUCCGCCCAAGAUCAUUCUCCAGGUGUACGUGGCGCUCCUUCGCGCAUUCCAGCCGGAAGCACGGUCGUUGGUGCGGCAGGCGUUGGACAUCCUGACGCCGGCCCUCGACAAGCGACUUCCGUCGUCCGAUCCCUGGAUCCGCUGGACCAAGAAGAUCCUCGUUGAGGAGGGCCACUCCCUGCCCCAGCUCAUCCACAUCCUGCAGCUCCUCACCCGGCACCCGACGCUCUUUUAUCGAUGUCGGAGUGAGUUUGUCACCCACGUCGUGCACUCUCUGUCGCGCAUCGGCCUGCUCCCCAACUCCUCUCCCGAGAACCGGCGGUUGGCGGUCGACCUCGUGGAGCUCAUCCUCACGUGGGAAAAGCAGCGUCUGGACGCCGCCCGCCUCGCCGCUCCCUCGUCCUCCUCGUCGUCUGCCGCCCCCGAACCCGGACCGCAGCCGACGGGCAAGCACGAUG